AUGACGCGCUCGCCCGCGAGACGGACCGAUGUCGUCGUCGGCGCGACGUGCGCCCUCGCCCUCGCGUGCGCCGCCACCGCGAACGCGCGCGCGCUCGGGAGCGACGCGCGCGCGCCCAAGCUCGAGAUCGCGCGUCCGCGCUCGAUUGAAACCGUCGUGGAUUCCAAAGCGUUGAACGCGUUCACGACCGAGCGACGCGGCGAGUACGUCAUCUUACCCGGACACGACACGCGCGAACACGUGGUGUCGGCGCUCCCGAGCGCGUACGUCGACGCGGCGUCGCUUCCGGACGAUUUUACCUGGUCGAACGUCAAGGGACAUAACUUUUUGACGAAGUCUUUGAAUCAGCACCUGCCGCAGUACUGCGGGUCGUGUUGGGCGCACGGUGCGAUGAGCGCGCUGGCGGAUCGGAUUCAGAUUGCGAGUGGUAAGAAGCGGCGACAAGACGUGAACCUCGCGAUUCAGUACAUUCUGAACUGCGGAACGGAGGUUGCGGGCUCGUGCCACGGCGGAAGCCACACCGGGGCGUACCAAUUCGUCAAGGACAGCGGUUUCGUGCCGUACGACACGUGUCUGCCCUACGAGGCGUGUAGCAAAGAAUCGACAGAGGGAAACUGCGGCAACGGCGGUGAUUACACGUGCACGGCGAUGAACACGUGCCGAACGUGUAGCACGUUCUCGGAGUGGGGUGGAUUCUGCAGCGCGCUGAGUACUUUCCCGAACGCCACCGUCGCCGAGUACGGCACCAUUCGCGGUGAGAAGGCUAUCAUGGCGGAAAUAUACGCGCGUGGGCCGGUCGCCGCGGGUAUCGACGCCGACGGCCUGCGCGGCUACGUCGGAGGCAUCUACAAGGACACGCCGAGCUUUGAAAUCAACCACAUCGUGUCCAUUGUUGGUUGGGGUACGGCGAAAGAUGGCACCAAGUACUGGAUCGUUCGCAACUCUUGGGGUCAGUACUGGGGUGAGAUGGGUUAUUUCCGAAUCAUCAGAGGCGUCAACGCACUCGGUCUCGAGGACGAGGUUGCCUGGGCGACUCCCGGUUCCUGGACGCACAUGAACAUCGCCUGCUACGAGGACGGAAGCAACUGCAUCAAACAGAAGAACUACGUCGAUCCAUCCGCGCCCGGACGUAAGCCGUACGGGGAAUGGCACAUGCGAAACUAA